AUGAACGGCAUUCAAGUUGACAUCAAUCACUUAAAGAAGGGCGAAGUCAGCCUGGGGACAUCCAUUAUGGCUGUAACCUUCAAAGACGGUGUAAUUUUGGGUGCAGACUCGCGAACAACAACGGGUGCCUACAUUGCUAAUAGAGUCACAGAUAAGCUUACCAGAGUACACGACAAGGUGUGGUGCUGCAGAUCUGGAUCAGCGGCGGAUACACAAGCCGUUGCGGAUAUCGUUCAGCACUACCUCGAUUUGUAUGCUGCUCAAUUCGGUGAGCCAUCUACAAAGACUGCAGCUUCAAUCUUCAAGACCCUCUGCUACGAAAACAAAGACAAUCUUACCGCAGGAAUAAUUGUUGCAGGCUACGACGAAAAGAACAAAGGCGAGGUUUACAGCAUACCCCUUGGCGGAUCCAUACACAAGCAAAAAUACGCGAUAGCUGGCUCUGGCUCUACGUUUAUCUAUGGUUACUGUGACAAGAACUACAAGGAUGACAUGUCAAAAGAAGAAACAAUAAAUUUCAUGAAAAACUCUCUUUCUCAAGCCAUAAAAUGGGAUGGGUCCUCUGGUGGUGUAAUCAGAAUGGUAGUGUUGACGAAAGACGGGGCCGAACGUCUGAUCUUCUACCCCGAGGAGUAUGAAAAUUUGUAG